AUGGAAAACCUAGAAAAGAUUGGAAGGUUUUCAAGCUGCAGAGGUGUUUCUUUUGAGAUCAAACCCCAUUUUGAUCCAUUUGCCAUCACCACUCUAGCCAUAAAUCGGGCUCUCGGAAACAAAAGAUUUUGGCUUCCGUGGGGGAGUUCUUCCAAGAUAGUCCUCUUCUCUGUUAAUGUGAUUCCAAGGUCCACAAGCCGCGCUAGAAGCCAUUUCUGUGAUCUCUGGAGCUUGAAGAUGACGACGAACAUGUCGAGAGAUCAUAAGUCAUCAAGAUUAUCCAUUAUUCUGCUGGAUCAAGGCAUCUUCACCAUCUACAAGCGACUCUUUGUUUUCUUCUUGGCGUUGAACCUCACCGGCGUGGUUCUCGCCGCCAACGGAAACUUCCAAUACGGAAGAAACAAGGUUGAUCUUUUCUCCAUCGUCAACAUUCUCAUCUUGACUCUCUGCCGAAGCGAGGCCUUCUUGCGGGUCAUUUUCUGGCUCGCAACUAAGCUCUUUGGCCGGCCAUGGCUGCUGUUCCGGCUGAAGACCACCGUGACGUCUCUCCUUCAGUCUCUCGGCGGGAUACACAGCGGCUGCGGCAUCUCUGCCAUUGCAUGGCUCGUGUACGCUUUAGUCCUCACUCUCAAAAAAAAGACCGACACUUCCCCCGAAAUCAUCACAGUUGCGUUGACCAUUCUCUCUCUCCUCUGCUUCUCGUCUUUAGCUGCGUUCCCUCUCUUCCUCCACCUCCACCACAACGUCUUCGAGUGGACCCACCGCUUCGCCGGCUGGGCGGCGCUCGGCCUCCUCUAGGCCUUCGUCAUCCUAAAAGUCUCAUAUAAUCCACAAACCAAAUCCUACAAUGUUCGCCACCUCGAGUUCGGGUUGAAGACCCGA